AUGGUCGCCCUCUUGUCUUUUCUGUCGUUCCUUUGGCCAACCCGGGCCACACAAUACGAGCCGCUCGCGCAAGAGGCUGCGUCGCGGCUGUCUGAUGACGGGCUAGAAUUGAUAUUUUCGGAGAACGGGGUGACUACAAGCUUGAGAAUAGAAGAGGACGGUGUGAGGGUUGCUAUUUCCAAAGCUGGCGUGUUUUCCCGUCCCCACAGCGAACUCGUCCCGUAUCUGCAUGUGCUCUCUGCCUCCGUCGCGCUUACGCCUGGCGGACGGAGUAGCGUGUUCGACUUUUCGUGUUUGUCGACAAGAAAGAAGAACAAACUACGCCUACGCCAGAUAUCGGGCGAUGUGACUGCGGCACACGGUGUUGCGCUGCUCAACUGGGUGGAGACUGUCCAAACGCGAGCAUAUAAAGGUAUAAAGCCACAACGGCGAUUCCUUGUCUUCGUCAACCCACACGGCGGCCAAGGCAACGCAAAGACACUCUGGCAAGACAUAGUCGAGCCGAUAUUUGCUGCUGCAGGCAGUGUUGUCGAUGUGCAAUAUACCGGCCCUGUCUCUUCCCCGACCAACGCUGCGAAUGUAGCCCGCAACCUCGAUCUGUCCCUCUAUGAUGCUCUUGCCCCGCUUUCCGGAGACGGUAUCGUCAGCGAACUGUUGAAUGGACUGGCCAGUCGUCCCGAUGCACGGACAGCAUUACGAAUCCCGAUCGCCCCGCUUCCAGCUGGCAGUGGGAAUGCGCUUUCGGUCAACCUCAUGGGGCCAGACAAGGUCGACGACGUUAGCUUUGCUGUCCUCAAUGCCAUCAAAGGCCAUCCGAUGCCAUUAGAUAUCUGUUCAACCUCGACAUGGGCACCGAAUGGAUUCGAUUCGUUGGUGGAAUUCGAUUCGUAUUGGGGUACAUCUGGGGGGGCAUUAACUGGCGCGAAAUACCAAGUGGAGAUCACGAUGAAGGUCGUCGAGAGCGACAAACGGCGGAUGGCCGACGCUUACAACACUUUGCGGGAGACAAAGCCAAUACGGGAGAGCGGCACUCCAACACUACCGCCCACCGACGCGCAAAUGCCACCACUAUCGUUUGGGAGCACGGAUUCCCAGCUUCCCUUGGGCACAAUCCACACAAGCAUCACCGCUCCGCUGACCCCUGGCUGGCAUACCUUCCGCACUUCGGUCCAGUUUGUCUGCGCGGGCAAAUUGCCCUGGCUUAGUCGCGACAGCAUGAUCCUACCCAUGGCGGACGACGACGGGCUGAUUGACGUCGUUAUCGUUCCGCCCCGAAGCGCAUUCGCCAGUCUGACUGGGAUGGAUGGCCAGGAGGAGGGCCGCUUUAUGCGGCUGCCCGACGUGUACUACUACAAGGUGGAGGUCUAUCGCUGUACCCCCCGCGAGAAGAGCGGGUUUAUCAGCAUUGACGGGGAGAGCAUACCGUACCAGCCGGUCCAGGUUGAGAACCAUGCACGGUUGGCGAGGAUAAUGAGUGUGGAGGGCCGGUGGAAGGGCCUGGAGAGGGCAGAGCUGUGA